GACCAAGUGUCUACCAUGAGGCAGCCUGUUGGCAUGGCAUUGUUUGGUAUGGUGUGGCUCCUGCGUGUGCGCUCGGAGAUGAAGAGGUGCACCAAGUGCAGAAGGCAGCAGCAUCAGCAGAGACCUAAUUUCGGAUUGGAUGACGGGGCAUCCGCCGCGACGUUUUUCACGAUAGACCCUCCAACAACUCCUACUACUUUGAACACUCCUAGUCCUGGACAUUCCCUGGCACCCACAACGUACUGCGAGGUGCAUGGAUAUAACGUGCCGAAAGAAGAUAUUCAAGAAUUCUACGAGCUCACGCUUUUAGACGACAGUAAGUCCGUACAGGAAAAAACUGCCGAAACAAUAAGAAUCGCCAACAAAUGGGAAUCAAGUGAUGGUCCCAUUGCCCCUACCUACACCAACAAUGAUGGUGGGAACACGAACUCCAACAGUUUGCGUAGCGUCGAAGUUCAGUCGAUCAGCCGGGAGAAUUUAUCCUUCAUUCAGCAGUCUCGAUAUGCAGAGGAAGAAAUGCCACCACCGCCUUCACCGCCAACACUGCGUGAAAUUAAUAAAAUUGAUGGGCUUUCAAGGCAAAGCUCACUAGAGAGAGCAAUCAACCGGAGAACAUCUGUAGAUAGAGAGUCUACGCCUGCCAAAGAAAACCACAAGGGAAAUGACAGUUGGCAAGGAAACGACAGCGAUCAGGCACAUUCUCCCCUUCUUGGGUCGGGGGAAAAUAACAAGCCAGUGAACGGAGAUGACGAGUGGGAUUAUGAGGAGAUUGUCCUCGAGCGAGGCACCUCAGGCCUCGGCUUCAGCAUCGCCGGCGGCACCGACAACCCCCACAUCGGUGACGAUACUGCCAUCUACAUCACGAAGCUGAUACCAGGCGGCGCAGCAUCUGCUGACGGCAGGCUGAUGGUGAACGACUCCAUACUGUCUGUCAAUGAUGUCCCCGUCGUGGACGUCCCGCAUGCUGUUGCCGUAGACGCCUUGAAGAAGGCAGGAAACACCGUCAAAUUGUGCGUUCGCAGACGAAGACAACCGCGCAAUAUGAGAUUAAUGGAGAUCGAGUUGGUUAAGGGCAACAAAGGUCUUGGUUUCAGCAUUGCUGGCGGUAUAGGCAAUCAACAUAUCCCAGGAGAUAAUGGCAUCUACGUCACCAAGGUGAUGGAAGGAGGUGCCGCACAGGUAGAUGGUAGGCUGCUGGUAGGAGACAAACUAGUGGCCGUUAGAGAUGCAGUGAAAGGAGAAGUCAAUCUGGAAAACGUAACACACGAAGAAGCCGUCGCCACGUUGAAGACGACACAGGAUCGCGUAGUCCUAAUAGUCGCUAAGCCCGAAAGUGCCUUUCCCGCCCCAGCCUCAUCGGAAGCUUCGUACUCGCCUCAGCUCUCAACAAAGGCCUCCCACCACUACUCCGAAUCAGUUCAUUCCUCGAAUUUAGGCCUCCACCGUCCGCCAACUCCGCGAGCAGUGAGUCAGGACGACAUUAUAUCCAGGGACGUUAGGACCGUUGUCUUACAUAAGGGUGGUUCCGGUCUUGGCUUUAAUAUCGUCGGCGGAGAAGACGGUGAGGGUAUCUUCAUAUCCUUCAUUCUGGCCGGUGGACCCGCCGAUCUGUGUGGAGAGCUGAGGAGAGGUGAUCAGAUCCUGAGUGUCAAUGGGAUCAACUUAAGGAACGCCACUCACGAAGAAGCAGCCCAGGCUUUGAAGGGCACGAGUCAAACUGUAACUAUAGUAGUACAAUAUCGACCAGAAGAAUACAACUGUUUUGAAGCCAAAAUCCAUGACCUGAAACAGCAAAUUGCUCACCCGGUUACUGGUGGUACCUUACUCAGAACAUCACAAAAAAGAUCUCUCUAUGUCAGGGCUUUAUUCGACUAUGACCCAAUCAAAGAUGAUGGCCUUCCUAGUCGCGGUUUAGCCUUUCAAUAUGGCGAUAUACUUCAUGUCACCAACGCGAGCGACGACGAAUGGUGGCAGGCAAGACGGGUACUUAAUGAUGGAGAUGAACAGGGUAUGGGCAUUGUGCCCUCAAAGAGAAGAUGGGAGAGGAAGCAGAGAGCACGUGAUAGAUCUGUCAAAUUUCAAGGCCACCAGCCAAGCAUUGCUGAUAAGCAAUCAACUCUAGAUAGGAAAAAAAAGAACUUUUCGUUCAGUAGAAAGUUCCCGUUCAUGAAGAGUAAAGAUGAUAAGUCGGAAGAUGGCUCAGAUCAAGAACUGGCCAAUGAUCCAAAGCUAGCUAAUGAUCGUGAAAAAAGUUCCUCAACUUUCAUGUUGUGCUACACCCAGGAGGAUGCUAACGCAGAAGGUGAAAUAUUGUAUCGCGUAGAACUGCCGUACAUGGAAGAGAUCACGUUAAUUUACUUGGAGAAUAAUGAUAACGAUGAUAGUAACGAAGAAACCGUUCUAUCGUAUGAACCUGUUCAACAAAUGAACAUUAACUAUACGCGACCUGUUAUCAUAUUGGGACCCUUGAAGGAUAGGAUCAAUGACGAUCUAAUAUCUGAAUUUCCAGACAAGUUUGGCAGCUGUGUACCUCAUACAACCAGACCUAAACGGGAGUAUGAGGUUGAUGGUAGAGAUUACCAUUUUGUGGCGUCUAGAGAACAAAUGGAACGAGAUAUACAAAAUCAUUUGUUCAUUGAGGCAGGUCAAUAUAAUGAAAACCUUUAUGGAACGUCUGUAGCUUCAGUGCGUGAAGUCGCCGAGAAGGGUAAACAUUGCAUUCUAGAUGUUAGUGGAAAUGCAAUUAAAAGAUUACAGGUAGCCCAACUAUAUCCAAUUGCAAUAUUCAUAAAACCAAAAUCUAUAGAAUCUAUGAUGGAAAUGAAUAAAAGGAUGACUGAGGAGCAAGCGAAGAAAACUUAUGAAAGGGCUCUGAAGAUGGAGCAAGAAUUUGCAGAAUAUUUCACAGCUGUCAUACAAGGUGAUACUCCUGAAGAUAUAUACAAUCAGGUGAAGGACGUCAUCGAUGAACAAAGUGGACCAACAAUCUGGGUUCCCGCGAAGGAGAAGCUAUGACCUCUACAAUCGCCAGUGUGGACCUUCCCUGCACGAUCAAGGCUACACUGAUAUUGAAGUGCAUUACUAUUACCCCGAACCAGAGACAACAACUUGUUGUCGUCUCUGCCCCGAACCUUACCCUGAAACGUUGAAUUGAACCUCUCGUUAUGUGCGGUGCCUCCAUAAAUAAAUUUGCUUGCGAAACGGCUCUUUUCAUAACUACAGUGCUAGAUGUGCUACAUUUAUCUACUAGAUUUAAUUCGUAUUUUAAAUUUCAAUUAUUUUUCUACUUGUAUUCUUUAGUUUUAAACAGGUUUUAAAAUUACUGAGUUACUUCAAUUUUACUCCCUUUCCAGAAUGAAGGUGUACUUGGGCUGCUGCAAUCGGAAGAAUGUCUUUCCAUUGAUGUCUCUUAAUUUCUUUGCGAGAUAAGAAUUUGUUUAAGAGCUUUAUUAUUAAAACGAUAAUAUCUCAACUCUUGAGUUGAACAAGCAGUAGUACAGACCAAAAAAUAUAAUCAUAUAAAAAAUCAGUCAAGUAGAAGCAAUUAUUAAGUUCAAUGUGUAAAUGAAAGGUUGUAAUUUAUGAUAUUAAUUCAAAUGUACAACAUCCGCCGAUGAUUAAAUCAACAAAUGUUACGAUCUGAAUCGAACUAACACCUGCCUUACUUUGAAGGCGUGAUCCUUUUAUUGUUGUAAUUUAUGUUCAACAAUAAAGUGUACCUACCCUAAGAGACAUCUAUGACAACAGUGUUCACCUAUUUGAAAAAUGACCUAAGGUACUCUUGAUCCUUUCACCUCUCAUCAUCUAUGAAUUUUGCUCUUCAGAUUGAAUAAAAGUUUUAUAGAUAAACGAUAAAUUUGGUAUGCCUAGCACUUUUCUUACACACAAGUAGUAUCAAAUGAACCUCAUAGUGUUUGUGAGAUUUACCCACGAACAGGCUUGUGUAGAACGAGGAGCAAACUCCAAGUUCUUGUUUCAUCGUAAAUGAAAGAAAGCACUUGUGUUAUUUAACAAAAUAAUAUACAAAUAGUCAAACCUUUCAAUCGUUUAUAUACUAUAUCUAAAUUAGCCAAUUGUUAUUUAACUUAGGUAGGUUUUAUCAAUGUUUUUGUAGUGUAUGUAUAAAAUGGAGGGAUUUUCCUGCCAAUACUUCAGAACAGAAAAUUGUGUAUAUAAAAUAUUGAUCUAUCUAUGUGUAGUUAACAGGAAAUUCUGUUAUUGUUAUGAGAGAGUUGUGACCUAACUUAUUUGAGUUAAUAAAACAAAUUUUACUAGAA